AUGCCCCCUCUCCCAGAUGACACGCAACUGGUCACUGGGGAAGAGGCGGGGCAGUCUGAUUUAAGACUGUUCCCAGAAAGUUCGGCACCCUUCUUUGCGGAACGGGUGGGACGAAACUGCCUGGGAACGGUCGCCGUCGGAAAAGGGGUAGGGGUACACACUGGUACUUCCAAUAAUCCCCUUCCGGGGCCCCGAGCGCGUCUACGCGCGACAUCGCCUUGCGGCAAUGACGCGGAGUUAGGCGCCGCAACUUCGGGCACGGGUUCGAAUCCCGCAUCGCCCAGUGCCUACCAAGUUCUCGCGCGCGCAGAGGUCUCUGUCGCGCGCGAAUCCCCCCGGUCUCCGGCCCCGAUUUUGGGUGCCAUCAUUGAACGGGAAGAGGCCUGGCGACCCCCCGUUGGUACCUCCGAAGCUACCUUCGACAAUAUACUUGGUUUCAGUAUUGGGGUCGCCGCAAUUCACGACACCAUUCAAGACAACGCUCAAGACUCCUCGGGCCAAGAUAGCGUCGUCUCCGCCGGCCUUGAAGAGGCCACGAGACCGCCUCCCGCCUCCUCCGCGCGCCGUUUGGCUUCCCCCGCCUCGCCGGACGCUCCCGCCUCUGCCGUGGCCUUGCAGGAUGAAGAUGCGAUUGUUGGCAUACCCGGCAGGGCGGGCGUUACGCUGCCCGACCGGGUAUCGCCGACACAAGGACAAGGACUGCAGAGCGACGGCUCCCCGGGCGCAAGCAUGCGGCGCCCGGGUACCAAGACGUGCACCAAGGGCAUCUACACGUUGCGGAGCGCCCUCCCAGACGUGGGAGCGGCCGAAGACACUGCGAGCGAUGAUGUUGGGCCCGGCAGGGCGGCAGGCAUGCUGCCCGACCGGGUCCAGCAUGGACAUCUACAGAGCAUCGGCUCCCCGGGUGCCCACAGGCAGCCCCCGGGUCCAGACGCGUGCGCGACGGGUCCCCCCGCCCUCCCGCUCGCUCCGGAAGCCCCCGCCGCCGCUCGAGGCCCCGCGAUUGUUGCUGCUAGACCCGGCAGGGCGGCACGCAUGCUGCACGACCGGGUGCAGCUCGGGUCCGCGCUCGUAGCCGCAACGGCUCGCGCACUGGGUGCCUUCCAAGGCCCCAGCGACCCAGAGGAUAGCGAAAACAGCGACGGCGGGGCCCCCGACGACGACACUGCCUCCUCGAUGGACGACGACGCUGCCUCCUCCUCAAGUGAUGACGACCGGCUCGGGCAUGUAGCUACGGAGCUGCCUGCCCGAGCUGGAUACACUGCAGUGGCCGCGGCCGCUCCCGCGGGCAUGCACGCUACCAUCAGCGAGGCCGUGUCCACUGCAGCAAUUGUUUAUAAUGUUGUUGAUGUCUCACGUACCUGUGACGACCGGCUCGGCUGGCAGACACCCAUACUGCCCGACCGAGCCGGGUGCGACGCUCCGAUGCCUUGCGGCGACGAGUUGUCUGCUGGGCCCUGCCCCCAUACCGAUGACUGCACACCCGGCAGGGCGGGUAUCAUGCUGCCCGUGGGUGCUGCACAGGCUCCUGCCACGACCGCUGCCGUCCCUAUGAAGGUUGACCAGUGCGCGACGUGGCAGGCAGCCAGCCAUGUACCGGGCUCGCCGCCUUUCGUGCUCCGCCUCGGCGGCAAGCGUCGCCGCUUGAGCGAUGACGCCGACGACGGCCCGCGCGAGCAAGCCGAGCAAAUGCUGCUCGAGGACGUUGAGGCCGGCCCCAAGCACUCAGCGCUUUGGCCAUCCACGGCUAGCGCACUCCCGGCCUCCGUCCUGUCCGUGUAUGCCCACAACGCGCCGCACUUCACGUGCACGCUGUGUGCAUAUACGGCGUCAAGCUUUGCUUCGCUCAAGCGCCACCGGGACUCAAGGCAUCGCCGCAUCGCCUUCCUCGACCGGUUCUCGGCAGGUUGUGCGUGCGGCACACCUUUCGUGUCGAGGCUGGCUGCAGCUAACCACGCGCAAGCGUGCGCCAUCUCAAAGACACUUCGGCUGAGGCUACGCCAGCAGCACGGGAUCUCAGCCCCACUGCUGAUGAAGUCGAUGCCAGCGCUACGGUGGCUACAGCCAAUCCCGUAUUGCCCCGCCAAGACCCUCCGGUCCAAGGUUUCAAGAUGGAGCGCUCCGCUUCCUCGGCAGGUGGUUGCUUCGCGUGUCGCGUCUCGCCUCUCCGCUGUUCCUGCCCCACGAUGGGGUUCACCACUGCCUCGCAGCGUGGUGGUGUCGAGGAUCGCUGACCGUCUGCUCCCGCCGGAGCUGACGGAGGAGGAAGAGACGAAGGUAGGCGAAAGCGACGACGUGGACGACGCUGAUGAAGGUGAUGGCGAGUUGCUGCUGCGCUUCGACGGUGCCUGCCGCAAGAACCCUGGUCCAGGCGGCGCCGGCGCUGCGUUGUUCAAGCCCAGCGGCCCCGUAGUGUGGACAUGCUCACACUACAUGCCGAGCAGCAGCGAGACGAACAACACCGCUGAGUAUACCGCUCUGCUGCUCGGUACAAGGGCUGCUGCCGAUCAUGGCGCCACGUGCCUGCGCAUCGAGGGUGAAAGCACGCUGGUCAUCCAGCAGGUGCGUGGCAUCUUCGCCACUCGCAGCGCCGCCCUUCGCCGUCUUCGGGACCAAGUCAAGGUUGAGCUGGCGCGAGUGGGAGUCUUUACGCUCCACCCCAUUGAUCGCCAGGCCAACGCACAUGCUGACCGCCUCGCCAACCGUGGGCUCGACCUCCGCCGUACCGUACUGGAGUGCGCGGACCAUCCAACUGGUGAUGGCUGUACUCGUACGAGCGACAUCGGCUUGCGGCAGGACACCAUACCGGUGCCCCCGCCCCCAGCACCCCUUACUCCUGAUGACGACCUUGAGGGGCUGGACGAUGUCGAGUCCAUGGAGGACAUUGAUGACGGUGAGGUAUACGCGGCCAUGCGUAUUGGUCCCGAUGCGGUUCCGCAACGACGGCCUCGCCUCCGCCUACGCAAGCUCACAGACGAAGAAGAUGAAGCAGCUCGUGCUCUGGUGGAGCGGCUUGGAGCUCUACUCGCUGCCAAGAUCACGGAUGCUGACGACUGGGAGUCGGUGGAGGGCUACAUUACUGCCCUCCCGUACACCUUGUAUGACAAAUUGCAACCGUACUCCCAGGCCUCGAGCUGUACCCAGGUCCCACCUCGUGGCCAGAGUCGGUCUUGCGAACGCCGGCAUGCACAGGCGGGAGGCAAGCCUCUCGGCCCUCCACAUACGCCGCGACCUGGGCCUGUCGAGUCCGAUGGGCAGCGAUGUGGCACCCGUCGGCGCCGUCGUGGCACUGGCCGGUCGGGCGCUAAGCCCAAGCAUCGUGGACGCCCCCCGCGGGUAACCCGCCACCAUCGAGAGCACCGUCUUGACGAGGCCCUGGAAGAGCUCCAUGCGGUGCAACGCAGCGCCCCAAGCAACCGCCCGGCCAUCAGCAAGGCCCGCCGCCGCGUCGGGCGCAUUAACUCGGCGCUGGACCAGCAGCGCCUGCGCCACAAAUUCGACACCGAUGAGAAGGCUUGUGUGGACGCGAUCCUCUCCAAUGCUCGCCGCACGCAGGCAGCAACGGGGUUGGAGGCUGGGGUGACCAGUGCCACGGAUGAAGUGGAUGAUGGAGUCUGCCCCAUAUCCAGUGAUGACCUGUGGCGAUAUUUCGAUGGAGUUAAUAUGCCCCGACGGGCCUUUGACGUGGAUGCUCCAGUUGGUGAUGCUUUUCACACGGCCAUGGCCCAGAUUCCUGCUGCCUCGCGACUCAAGGAGCUGCUUAUUGCGGCACCGACUGCUGACGACAUUGAAGAUCAGCUUCAACAUGCGCGUGGUGCUUCCAGUCCUGGGCUUGACGGCGUCGGCUUUGACGUGUACAAGCACUUCGGUCCACAGCUGCUGACAGUCCUGAUGGCAAUUUUCAAGCGCUGCUGGGUGGAGAAGAAGGUCCCCCAGAGCUGGAAGGUUGGCAUCGUGAGGCUGCUCUACAAGAAGGGCCCACGUGAUGACCCGGCGAACUGGAGGCCCAUAUGCCUCCAGCAAGCCAUUUACAAGCUUUACACUGGCGUGCUUGCGCGGCGUCUCGUACGAUGGAUGGAAGUCAAUGCACGGCACGGCCCGGGUCAGAAAGGGUUUCGGGCGGUGAACGGCUGCGGGGAACACAAUUUCCUCGCAGCCAUGUUAGUUGACAACUCUCGUCGCAAGCGUCGCCCACUGUUCCAGGUCUGGUAUGACCUGAAGAACGCUUUCGGCAGUGGGAUCUUUGCGUUGCUGUGGGACUCGCUUCGUCGCCUGGGUGUCCCCACCGCCUACGUGGACAUGUGCAAGGGCCUCUACGAUCAAGCAGCUUUUGUGGUGGGCAACGCCGUUGAUGGCCCACAGCUCCGAUUCGGCAGCAAGUGGGUGUAUUCCAAGGCUGUCCGCUGA